GCAAUCGACCUUUGAUUAUUUCAAAGAUUAAAGAAUUCAUUUAUGCUCGUGCACAUUGACGCAAGAUACAUAAAUGGGACAUCAAGGAUGAUAAAGCGUAACGUUCCGUUGGACGUACUGUCAUAUGAUAUAGCGAUUUGAAGGUUUGCAAAACGAUAGACAUGGCUGACGAAAACUCAACAAAACAAACAGAAGAUCAAGAAUUAAACGAUUUAUUAGAGAGUGCUUUGAAAGACUUCAACAAAGAACAAAAGUCAGAUAAAGAGGAUGUGUGCAAAGUAGAUGCUUUUGAAUCCACGACAGCUGAGAACACAGCUAAUAUUUCAGAAGAUGCUUGGACUACAGAUUUUGUUAAACAAGCAGCAGAACAAUUUGUGGAAAGUCUACGAAAUUUUAUUCAAAAUGAAACAGAUAGCGAAUUAGGAGUCUCUUCUCAAAAAACGGCACAUGGAGAUGUUAAUGCGAUAAAUGACGGAGACAUCUUUGAUAAAGAUAGUGUGAGUACAGACUUUCAAUCUGCCAUUGCACAAGCGUUAAAUGACUUGUCUGCAACAUCCGAAAAUUUACAGAGUGAGGCUGAUUUAUCUGAAAUGUUUGGACUGACGUCCUUGGAAGAUGGACCUGGUGCCAUUCCACCAUUUGUGCAAGAAAUGCUACAGCAAUUAUUAUCAAAAGAAAUUUUCUAUCCAUCACUGAAAGAAUUAGUAGAUAAAUAUCCUGAAUGGUUAGAAGAAAAGAAGACGACGAUAUCGUCGACUGACCUUCAGAGGUUUACAAAACAGCUAGAAUUAAUGCAGCAGGUGUGUGUCGAACUCGAUAAAGAAAAAGACUCUGAUACUGAAGAAGUGAAAAAGAAGCGUUUUGAAACAAUAAUAUCGCUUAUGCAAGAAGUACAAGCUUGUGGACAAUUACCUGAAGAAUUGAUAGGAGAACAGACAACACUUUUUCAAAGUGGUGCUGAAGGCGAAACUAUGAUUCCAACGUUACUACGUAGCAUGGAAUCUCCGCAAAAUUGUUGCCUAAUGUAAAUGAAUUCUAAUAAUUAUCCUUCCAAUAAUACGAGAGAUUGUUACUUAAAAUAAAAAGUUGAGGGGUAAUAGAGAAGUUAGGAUAUAUAAGUGUAUUUUGUAGAUAGUACUUUUUUUCGCUCAUUUAUGCUGUCUUAAUUGUCGCCUAUUAUGUGCAAUAUAUGAUAUCUCUUUAA